AGAAGUGACAAGUUGCGCAGCGCUUAAAACAGUCAGCUGUUUAUGAAAAAAGUAUUUUUUAACAAAAUAAAUCAUAGUCGAAUAAGGAAACUGUCUUAAAUUUCGUAUAAAAUCAUUUACAAUCGAAAAACUGUUCUCUUCGUGUGAAUAUGAAAAAAUGAGUAAUUGCAUAACCUCAAAGUGUGCGAAUGAGACAAAACAAGUUGCCCAGCUUCACAUUUAAAUUUCCAAGUUACACUCAAUGUAACGCUGAAAAUGGUAACAAGAUGUGUAGUCCAAGGUUGUAGAAGUACGUCGGACUCCAGUAAAGAAAAAGUUUCGUUUUUUCAUGUCCCUAAAAAUAAAGUAGAGCUGUGGCAAAAAAUAAUUCGGACCAAACAACGGCCUCUGACGACUAAAGACAGGAUCUGUGAGAAACAUUUCAAAAAAUCGGACAUUAUUAAAGAAAUUGUAACACCCCUUUACUCGUACAAAUUGGCCAGAAAUCGACUGAAACCCAACGCAUUACCAUCGAUGUUACCCAUUUACCGUAAUUACGAACUUCGGUCGCGGAGUUCAGCCAUGGAGCCCCCUAUCAAAAAAAACAAACUCGAACAACCACCCAUCGAGUUUAUCGAAAUAGACGAAUCGGACAAACUUGAAACAACACCUGAAGAAGUUUUCAGGUCCGGGUUACAAAUAGCACGUUUAAAUUACAAUCAUUCCAAAAGCUUGACUUUAGAGCAAUACGACCAAUUGGUGGCUAAGGUUUUGGAAGCGAAAAAAAGAAAAGACGAUACUGUAUUAUCAAAAUUUAAUUUAGUUGAUAUAAAUGGGCAAAAAAAAUUAAUAGCGACACAUCCGACUGACCUUCAGUAUUACGUCCACGACGAUAUUCUUUUUCAAAUUUUGCAACACACUCACAUCGCUUUACAACAUGGAAAUCAGACGCAAAUGAUGUCAGAAUUGAAAAAACGCUACAAGAAUAUUACCGGUGGUGACGUGGCCACUUUUAUCAAGUUCUGUCCCCGAUGUUUACGACGACGUCCAAGAAAAGACAGCGAAAACGUACCAAUGAUUUACAGUAAAAUUAGCUCGAUUUGUCAUGUAAACUUAUUAGAUAAUCGGGCUUGGCCUGACGGUGAUUAUAAAUAUAUUCUAGUCUAUCACAACGAAAUGACAAAUUUUUGUCAAUUGAAAGCACUAAAAACAAAAAAACCUAGCGAAGUUGCCGAACAUUUAAUCGAUGUUUUCACAUUUGUUGGGGCCCCCACUGAAAUCCACACAAACGAGGGCGAAUCCAAUUUUCUCGAAGACAUUCUGAAAGAAUUGAAGAAAAUUUGGCCAAGUUUGGUCAUAAAAUCGGUCGAGCGUCACCAACAGGAAAUUCUAGCCAGAAUCAAACGCAUCGAAUACGAAACAAGAUCGAUUCGAAAUCGCACACGGUGGAGUUCGCUAUUGCCGUUCAUUCAGUUUGAGAGAAACAAAGACAUCUCGUCGGGGGUGCGGCCAUAUGAGAGACUUUUCGGGUUUGUGGAACCCUGCGAAAAACCGGCCUUGCCUGUGCAAAAGGUCGAAACCCCGAGUGUGGAAAAAAUCGACCAGGGAAUCCCCCGAUUUUUUCUCCCGCCAUUUUUCAAAAUCCCCAAACCGACAAAAACGAACAAAGCGCUCGAGGAAGCUUUCAAAAACUUGGUUCGAGACAACGAAGCCGUUUUGACGAAGGCGGAUUAUUUGAAAUUAAUCCAACAAGUUAAAGUUUACCGAAACUUGGAACAAUAUGACACUCUCGAAAUCGAAGGAGUUGUACGGCUUAUUACUUCUACCACUCAUGGGAAGGGCACCAUUAAAUAUUACAUCCACGAAGACGAACUUUUCGAUAUACUCCACUACACUCACAUUAACUACGAUCACGCAAGUUACACCGAGAUGGCAAAGAAAUUUAAGAAAAAAUUCGAAAAUAUAACAAAGGAGAUCAUUGCCGCUUACCUGUCCUUAUGCCCGGAGUGUAACACAGGCAUGUAUUACAUUAAUUACGGGUCACCGACUAAGGUGGUUCGUGAAACUAUUCCUGUCAAUGAGAUGUCUGCGAAAUGUGCCAUCAGUUUUCUGGAUUUUGAGGCGCAACCUGACAAUGAUUACAAAUAUGUGAUGGUUUAUGUAAACAUGCUGACAAAAUUUCACAUCCUUAGACCGUUGAAAGAUAAAACGUGUCAAGAAGUUGCGGAUAUUUUGUUAGACAUUUUUACUUUCUUGGGCAUUUCGACAAAAAUCUUCACACAGGAGAGACGUUUAGUGUGGCUUGCUAUCUCGCAAGUGAGACAAUUAUGGCCCGGAUUUUCACCACUUGUUGUUCAAAUAAGACUAGGUCGUAUUCCUAGAUGGAUCGAAAAAGAAUUGAAACAAAGGAUGUGCAGUAACGAGUCACACGAAUGGACUAAAGGACUCGACUACAUCCAACUAAUGCUAAACAAGUACUACAAUAAUAAGAUUGGGAAAAAGCCCUUUGACGCACUCUUUGCUGUGACCGCAGGCCAGGACAAACGGCCCCAAACGAUAUAUUCCUCCCAGGACCCAUGUACUCCCGAAGUGGAAGAAGUAACAAUUCCAGCACCCGACUUGGAAGAACCUCCCCAAAUCAAAAAACGAAGACGAACUCGUCGAAAAACGCCCUUUAAAGUUCUCCAAACCUUCGCAAUGAGUGAACUAUCGUCCCGUUGUUCCGUCAACCUGAUCGACUAUCACACGAAACCAGACGGCGACUACAACUUUAUCAUGGUUUAUCAAAACACUUCGACAAAAUUCUCGAUUUUGAAACCCCUCAAAACAAAAUUUCCGGAAGAAAUCGCCGAAAAUCUAGUCGAUAUUUUUACCCUAGUUGGUGCCUCUAACGUGGUCGAGUCGUACCACGGCCGAGAGUUUGUUCAUAAAUUGGCAAAAAGUGUCAGUCAUCUCCACCCGAAUUUAACUUUUGACUACAGCUUGACCACAUAUCGAAAUUACAAAAGUGUGUGUAGUAUUGAAAAAGAAAUUCAGAAAUGGAUGUUGCAAAAUGGGUCAAAACAGUGGACACGUGCGCUUCCUUUUGUACAAUUAGUUAGGAAUAAGUGUUUUGAUGAAGAGAUGGCUAUUGUGCCUUUUGAGGGAUUUUUCAAAGGGUUGAGAUACGCAGGGAGAUAGUCUUCAAUAGUGUUAUUUUACUACAGUUAUCAUUGUGAUUAAUAAAUUACAAUACAAUCGUGGAA